UCAGUCAAUAUCAUACUAUGUUCGGGCCUAUAGGCUUAUAGCACUCGCUUUUUUGUUUUAAAAAUAUUGUUUUUUUAUUAGAUUUUUUAGAUAAAAAAAUCCUACUAAACUAUGUACAUAAAGUUUUGGUACUUUCUGUACCUAAUUCACGCGGUGUGUUAUGGUAUACCGGUACGAUUAUUGUACGAUACGGAAGUACAAGGAGUACGCUAUCUUUUGAAAGAGAAUGAUGUGUCCAGUGAUGAAAUAAGGCUUCAGGUACCUGUAGUGUACUAUGGAGCGACAUAUGACUCGAUUUUUGUAAAUUCGAAUGGCUUCCUUUCAUUCCAAACGGAAAUACCCCACUUCAUCAAUAUAGAAUUUCCACUGGACUAUCCCAUCAUAGCUCCAUUUUAUACCAACGUGGAUAUCACCAGAGCAGGGAUAAUAUCUUUCUACGAGACCCAUGAUCCAUCUUUAUUACAGAGAGCAACUGAAAAUAUCCACGAGAGUUUUCUUCAGUCUGCCAAUUUUCAAGCAAGAAGCAUAUUCGUAGUUACAUGGAAAGAUGUGGGAUAUUACAAUCAGGGCUUCGAUAAACUUAACACCUAUCAAGCAGUAAUUGCAACCAACGGCACCGAAACUUACGUAGAGUUUCUGUAUCCAGAAAAUGGUAUCCAGUGGAUUCAGGGUACUGGCGAUGAGUCUGGACUUCCUGAUGCCAGAGCCCAAGUUGGAUUUUUAUCAGCAGAUGGUGACAUGCAUCUUUUGCCAGGCAGUGGCACUGAACAGGUUAAAAAUUUGGAAAGGUGGUCAAACAUUGGUCUGGCUGGUCAGUUCAUUUAUCGAGUUGAUGGUAAAAAAAUACAAGAACCAGAUGCAUUUCCCGAAGAUUACAAAACUCAAGAAACAUGUGCCAAGGCUUUAACACCUUGUCACAGUCAUGCCAACUGCAUUGACUACGAAGAAGGCUUCUGCUGUGAGUGCCAAGAUGGGUACUUUGGCAAUGGAAAAAACUGCGUUGAAAAUAAUAAACCACUGAGGGUAUCCGGAAAAGUCAAUGGAAAGUUAAAUGGUGAAAAAUUAGAAAACUUAGACUUGCAGUCCUACGUGGUGACAGUAGAUGGAAGAGCCUAUACUGCCAUUUCUAAAAUACCAGAAUCCAUAGGGGCUGAUAUUCAAAUUCUUCAAAUUCUAGGUGGAGUUAUUGGUUACUUGUUUGCCAAACCAAUCAGAGGAGCUGUAAAUGGGUUUCAAAUAACUGGCGGUCUAUUGAACCACACAUCGAACAUCAGAUUUCUCAACUCUAGCCAUGAGGUUUACAUCAAUCAGAAAUUUCUGGGUUUGGAUGUUUUCGAUCAAGUCAAGGUUGAAAUCGACAUCCAGGGUGAUAUUCCUACUUUAAAUGCACAACAGAGCGUGAUAAUUGACGAAUACAGUGAACAAUAUACACAUACAGCCGAUGGGGUUCUUCAGAUGUCUUCAGAAAGAUCAUAUCUCUUGGACGGUCAAAUACACGUAUUUAGGGUAGAACAGACGCUAAAGUUUGAUUACUGUCCGUUUCAAAAAAAUAAUGUUGGUGAAAGUUGGACGCUGAAAGUGGCCAAGAAUUUUAUUAGCUACGAGGAAAGAGAACAAAUCAUACGGUUUGGAUUGAGCAACAAAAUUACACCUAUUGGAGAAUAUGAUCCUUGUGAAGAGGGUAGAUCAAGAUGUGGUCCAGAUAGUUCCUGUGUGGUUGAUGGCACUUCCUUUGAUUGCGUUUGUAAUCCGGGAUACCAAAAGCUUUACUCUGGAGACGUUCAGGCUUGCGUCGAUGUCAACGAAUGCCAAACUGGAGUACACGACUGCGAUUACAAUUCGCAGUGUCUUAAUAGUAUUGGAAAUUACGAAUGUAUUUGUAACCCGAGUUUUGAGAAAUCCGGACGCUUGUGUGUUCCUGCCAGAUCUUGUAGGAACGUGACUUGUGCAGAAAAUUCCGAAUGUUUUGAAAGUGAUGAAAUAGCAGUUUGUAAAUGCAUUCCUGGAUUCACAGGUGAUGGGUACAGUUGUACUCCUACCAGAAAAGAAACAUGCGAUGUCUAUAACAAUUGCUCGCCACUUGGUGUUUGUAGCAUCGAUCUGGGAACAAACGAGUACUCCUGCUCUUGCUUGGCUGGAUAUCAGGGCGAUGGAUACACUUGUGUACCGUCUCAACCCGAUUAUGUGUCUACAACUACUGUAGCUGGAACUACAGAGUCAGAACCACAUGUAGUAUUACUAAACGAUUUUGAAUCUCCCGAACCUCAAUGUUUUAACGAAUCACUUUGUUUUUGUUCUAUUGGGUAUACUUACAAUAAUCUUAAUAAAACCUGCUACUAUUCGUCUGUAACUAAAAAUGGAAACAAGUUUGAAACCAAAGGUCCUACAAAUAUCGAGUUUGACUGCACUGUUCUUCCAAAUUGUGACUACAAUGCUGCUUGUAGUUUUAAGCCUGAACUACAAGGUUACACUUGUACUUGCAAUGAUGGUUAUGAAGGUGAUGGUUAUCACUGUCAACAAUCUAGGGACUCUUGUCUUUUCUUGGACAAUUGUGACAUUCAUGCAACAUGCUCUUAUGACAAGAAUGUUGGGAAAUCACGAUGCAUCUGUGCUCAGCAGUACUCAGGAGAUGGAUACAAUUGUACAUUAGUUGCUGCUUGUAGUUCAAAUCAAGAUUGUGCUCACACUGAAGAGUGUGCCUAUCACAAUGGAAAUUAUGAGUGCCUUUGCAAAGAAGGAUAUGUUAGAGAUUCUCAGUAUAUAUGUGUGCCUAAUAUUGAUUCUUGUGGAGGAGGAAUAUGUGUGGAGAAUUCUGAAUGUCUUUAUGAUGACAACGUGGAAACGUUCUAUUGUCAUUGUAAAUCAGGUUAUCACGGAGAUGGAAUAUCCGAGUGUAAGGUUAAACCGAUCGGUUGUGACACCCUGAACAAUUGUGGAUACCAUGCCACCUGCCAAUACGAAGAAUCCGCUUUCACAUACGUUUGCAAAUGUAAUCCCGGAUUCUUCGGGGAUGGAUUCAAUUGUUAUGUAGAGAGGAACUGCAAUGUGGAUCCUACCAUGUGCGAUAAAAAUGCUCAAUGUUAUUCAGAUGCCGAACGCAACUUUUUCUGUCAGUGCAACUCUGGAUUUGUUGGAAGUGGAGAAGUAUGCAAAGAAAUUGUCAAGAAUGAGAGAAAUUUCCUUUUAGUUAAUCAAGGUAUGGCCACGUUAAAAAUCCCCCUGGAACCGACCAAACAAAAUCCUGGCAAACCCAUCCAGAUCAAACCCUAUCAAACAGCUGUAGGUCUGGAUAUAGACUGUCUGGAAGGCAGAGUUUACUGGAGCGACAUCAGCGGCAGAGCCAUUAGAAGUUCGCUGUACAACGGUAGCGACAAAGUUGACUUUAUCAACUCUGGAAUAGGCUCUCCGGAAGGUUUGGCUGUGGACUACGUGUCCAGAAACAUUUACUGGACGGAUUCCAUGUCGGAUACUAUUGAGGUUGCGAAUUUGGAUUCGAGAAGAAGGAGGAAAUUGUUUAGUACGGCACUGGUGAAUCCAAGAGGAAUAGCGGUUCAUCCACAAAGAGGCAAGAUUUUCUGGAGUGAUUGGGAUAGGCAACAUCCAAAAAUAGAAUGGGCAAAUGCUGAUGGAAGCGACAGACGAAUUUUUAUUGAAGUUGAGAGUAAAUCAUUGCCAAACUCACUUGUCAUUGACUUUGACACUGAAAGUCUAUGCUAUGCUGACGCUGGUACCAAGAAAAUCGAAUGCGUUCAAAUUGACAGUCGGCAAAGAGUCACCGUUGCUGUCAAUUGCAGUUAUCCAUUUGGAAUAGCCAUUGUUGACAAUCAAGUUUACUGGUCAGAUUGGAUAUCGAAAAAAAUUGAACGUGCUGAAAAGUACUCGUCCAAUCGUCUUCCACCAUUAAACAUACCAGUUGGCGGUUCAGGAAACAAGAUUUUUGGCCUGGUAGCCGUACCCAACCACUGUCGAAACUUGGCCAACGUUUGCCAGUACAGCAAAUGUCCAGAUGAACACAUCUGUUUGCCAGAUGGCAAAGGAAGUAAAAGCUGCGUGUGUGCCAGAAGUAUAGACAGCAAAGAAGAACCUCAGUGUUCAAUUUGAAAAUAAUUAGGUUAGGUCUUCAUAAGUUUCAGGUUAUAUUCUGUUAAUAUAAAUAGAAUAAGUAAUAAAAAUAAAAUUUUAGAGGAUAAAAAAGUAAAUUUUGUAAACAUUGUUGUAUUUUCUUAAUAAAAUCAUUUCUUUUCUU